AUGAAAUCAAUUAUAUUAUUACUAUCUGUUUUAAUAACAGUAUCUUAUAGCUUCAAUUUGAAUGCUCAUUCAAAUUUAGUUGCAUACUUUGGUCAAGAUAGUGCCAAUGACGGUUCACAACAAAUGUUGAGUUACUAUUGUAAUGAUACAACUUAUGAUGUUUUCAUUCUAUCGUUUGUAGAUAUUUUCUUUAGUGGUGAAACUUUCAAUGGUGCUCAGUUGCCAGAGGUCAAUCUUGCCAAUCUUUGUCAGAAUACAUUCCCACAAUACCCAUUGUUGAUGGAUUGUCCAGAGAUGGGUGAUGCCAUCAAGUAUUGCCAGAGCAAGGGUAAGAUUGUUACUAUUUCGUUGGGUGGUGCUGUCGGUGCCUACGGUCUUUCUUCGCCCUCGGAAGCACAAGAGUUUGCCUCUACCGUUUGGAACUUGUUCCUCGGUGGAAACAACUCAUAUCCACGUCCAUUCGGUGAUGCCAUUCUCGAUGGUAUCGAUCUAGAUAUCGAGGGUGGCGGUGGACAAAACUAUAAUGUCUUCCUCACCACUUUGAAAUCCAAGUAUUUCGCCGGUGCUUCAAAGAAAUACUAUGUCUCGGGUGCUCCACAAUGCCCGUUCCCCGACGCCUAUUUGGGUCCAGGACCAAACACCGCUCUCCAAACUGGAUUGUUUGAUUUCGUCAACGUUCAAUUCUACAAUAACUACUGUGAUUUGUCCGGUGGACAAUCUAAUUAUCCUACUUGGUCCGAGUGGGCAGGCAAUUCAUCGUCGACCACCAAAAUCAUGAUUGGUUUGCCAGCCGGUGCACAAGCUGCCGGUAGCGGAUACAUCCCAGCUGGUCAAGUCACCAACGCACUACACCCAUAUCUCAACAGUCCAAAUUUUGGUGGUGUCAUGAUCUGGGACGUCUCUGUCGCCGAGAAAAACAAAAACGGUGCACUCAACUACGCUCAACUCCUCUCGCAAUACCUCAAGAAAAACGCACCAGCUCCAUCCUCAGAAGAUGACUACGAAUUUUAA